AUGGCAUCCGUUUUCCUGGAGCUUCUCGCCAUGGUAUCUUCAAUAACAUCCCAAUUCUUGCGACUUACGCGCCUCGAAUGGACCCGUUCCGUCCUACUUCGACAUUUGAAGACCAUCUUCUGGAAACGCCCGAAAACUCUGAACGACAUGCCCUACGACGUGGUCUUUGUCCUAUCUCAUUACCUUUCCGUUCGAGACUUAUGCAAUUUGCGAACGACUUCGAAACAACUUUUUAGCCUUGUGCGAGAUAGAUCAAUCUGGCUGCUGGCUUUGCGCGACAUCUUGGAAGUUCGGCCGAUUCCUCGACUCAGCUUUAGCUUGGACGAAAUGGAUCUGCAUGAGAUCAUAACAGCAACUCUGCGACUGACUACCUUGGACCGCAAAAUCAGAGGAGCGGACCCUAUUGCUGCAUUCACUCCCUGCCGCUCCUUUGACGUUAGUGGUCUCGUUCCUGUACCUCUCCCAGGCGGUCAUCAAUUCGUUACUUUGCGAGACUCGAAACGGGAACUGGUAGUGCACAAUUGGAACGCUGAUAUCCUUGGGCAGGGGCGACUCCUCGUACCAGCUUCCAAGUACCCCAUAUACUUAUGGCGUGUUGUUCCCGUCUCUUCCACUGCCAUCAAUGUUGCUGUCGUAUCGUUGGAACAGCUGAAUGAGCGUGAUGACCGUGGCAAACCAUUGUAA